UGUUUGGGGAAGGGUUUUUCUGGUCAGUCACCGAGUCACUGAAUUCCUCCUUUUUGUUUUGCUUUUUUUUUUUUUUUUUGGGUUGUGAGUAGCCGCAGUCUGGAGGAGAAGAAAAUCGACCAUUUCUUCUUCUUCUUCUUUUUCUUCUUCUUCACGAUCAAGCUUCAACCUGUUCACUAGGUCAGAUCGAACCAGAAAUGGCCACCCUCGUCCCGCCUCAUUCCGGCACUGCUCCACCAACCGAUCCAAAGGCGGCGCCCACCCAACCGGAAAAGGUGGACUACAUGAAUCUGCCUUGUCCCAUUCCCUAUGAAGAAAUCCAACGCGAAGCUCUCAUGUCAUUGAAGCCAGAACUUUUUGAAGGGAUGCGCUUUGAUUUUACGAAAGGACUAAACCAGAGAUUUUCACUCAGUCAUAGUGUGUUCAUGGGCCCCACAGAAAUUCCUUCUCAGUCUACUGAAACAAUUAAAAUACCAACUGCUCACUAUGAGUUUGGUGCAAACUUUAUAGACCCAAAGUUGAUGCUUUUUGGGCGGCUGAUGACAGAUGGAAGGCUAAAUGCUAGGCUCAAGUGUGAUUUGUCUGAAAACCUUUCUCUGAAAGCAAACGGUCAACUUACAAGUGAGGCACACAUGUCACAUGGCAUGGUCAAUUUUGAUUACAAGGGGAAAGACUAUAGGUCUCAGUUUCAACUAGGUAGUGGUGCAUUGCUUGGAGCGAGUUACAUCCAGAGUGUGACUCCAUAUUUAUCUCUGGGUGGUGAAGUAUUCUGGGCUGGCCAGCAUCGUAAAUCUGGCAUUGGCUAUGUUGCUCGGUAUAACACAGACAAGAUGGUUGCCGCAGGUCAAGUUGCUAGCACUGGAAUAGUUGCACUCAGUUAUGUUCAGAAAGUUUCCGAAAAGGUUUCUUUAGCAUCAGACUUCAUGUACAACUACCUCUCGACAGAUGUUACAGCCAGCUUUGGUUAUGAUUAUAUUCUUCGACAGUGCCGUCUGAGAGGGAAAAUUGAUUCCAACGGCUGCGUUGCUGCUUUCCUGGAAGAGCGAUUGAACAUGGGCCUUAAUUUUAUUCUCUCUGCUGAGGUUGAUCACAAAAAGAAAGACUACAAGUUCGGGUUUGGGCUUACAGUUGGAGAAUAAUUGAAUGGGAAGAAGCAUUUAGACAUUUGAUGUUGAAUGGUGGAAUCAUCUUUGUUUGCUUAAUGAUUGUUUUCCCUAUUUUGGUCAUUAAAAAUUUAGGCAACAGUUUUGUACUUUUGUAUAAAUUGUCACCAUUGAUGAGAUGACACACAGGUGACAAACAGACAGGCUGCUGAGCCUCUAGGAGGAGAGGUUGAUUUUGCAGUUUGGAGAAAUUGAUUUACUUAGAAGAUGCUAAUUUAUAGCUGUAGAGCUCUUCACAUUCAUAAGGACUUCCAAAUUUUUCUCAUCAUAAACUCUCUCUUGCAUCACUAA